GAUUUUCAUAUGGAGUAAACUACAGCUUAAAUCUAAUCCUUCAAAACAAGUUUUUGUAGAUCAAUGCUACCAGCUUUUAAGAACAGCAACUAAUGUGAGAGUCAUAUUUCCUUUCAUGAAAAUCAUUAAAGAUGAGGUUGAAGAAGAAGGCUUGCAAAUUUGUGUUGAAAUAUGUGGUUGUGCCCUACAACUAGACCUUCAUGAUGAUCCCAAAACUAAAUGUCUGAUUUAUAAAACAAUUGCACAUUUUUUGCCAAAUGAUUUGGAGAUCCUCAGGAUUUGUGCACUCUCAAUAUUUUUUCUUGAGCGCUCCUUAGAAGCUUAUCAUACUGUUGAAGAGCUUUAUAAACGUCCAGAUGAAGAAUAUAAUGAAGGCACAAGUAGUGUUCAAAAUCGUGUUCGUUUUGAGUUACUUCCAAUUUUGAAAAAGGGAUUGUUUUUUGAUCCUGAAUUUUGGAACUUUGUAAUGAUUAAGAAAAACUGUGUAGCAUUACUGAGCGAUAAAUCAGCAGUUAGAUUUCUAAAUGAAAGUACACUGGAAAAUUCUACAGGUAAUCUAAAAAAGACAGUGGAAAAGCAAGGUUUAGAUGAAGGGCUUGACUCUCUCACAGAUCAGAGCACUGGAGAGACUGAUCCUGAUGAUGUGUCUGGAGUGCAACCCAAAGGUCAUAUUAAUACAAAGAAAAACCUUACAGCUCUUAAUACUUCCAAGGUAGAUCACAAUGUCCCAAGACAUCGGUGUAUGUUAUGUAACAAGGAAUUUCUAGGUGGUCACAUUGUAAGGCAUGCCCAGGCUCAUCAGAAAAAAGGCAGUUUUUCAUGUGUAAUAUGUGGUAGAAAAUUUAGAAAUAAAGGACUUAUGCAGAAACAUUUAAAGAAUCACGUUAAGAAAAUACAGAGACAGCAAAUUGCUGCAGCUCAACAGGAUGAUCAAGAAAUCACUAUUUUGGGAGAAAUAAAUUGUUCCAAUUCUUCCAUUUCAUUUGAAAAUGGAAAUUCUGGUAGUAAGGAUUUGGAAGUAGGGACUCUUACUGCUUCUAGUGAUGGAAACAAAGAAGUCAUUCCUGAGCACGUGGCUGAAUUCAUUGAAAUUCCUAUAAGUGUACCAGAAGAUGUUAUUGAAAACAUUAUUGAAAAUGGCAGUCCUGAUACUUCUUUAAAUAAUGUCUUGAAGCCUUUACCAGAAUGUGAGGAUGAUUAUGAGGAGGAAGAGGAUGAAGAAGGUGAUUAUGAAGAUGAUGAUUAUGACCUGAAUCAAGAAACUUCAGUACUUCAUAGAAUCAAUGGAACUGUAUGCCAUCCAAAAGAUAUAUAUGCCACAGAUCAAGAAGGAAACUUUAAGUGCCCUGCUCUUGGCUGUGUCAGGAUAUUUAAAAGAAUUGGAUUUCUAAAUAAACAUGCAAUGACUGUACAUCCAACUGAUUUAAAUGUGCGACAAACAGUAAUGAAGUGGAGCAAAGGAAAAUGCAAAUUUUGUCAAAGGCAAUUUGAAGAUUCUCAGCAUUUUAUAGAUCACCUUAAUAGACACAGCUAUCCAAAUGUGUACUUUUGUUUGCAUUUUAAUUGCAACGAGUCAUUUAAGCUGCCAUUCCAGCUUGCCCAGCAUACAAAAAGUCACAGGAUAUUUCAAGCUCAGUGUAGUUUUCCAGAAUGCCAUGAGCUUUUUGAAGAUCUUCCUUUGCUAUAUGAACACGAAGCUCAGCACUAUUUGAGUAAAACACCAGAAUCAUCUGCACAACCAAGUGAAACAAUUCUUUGGGAUGUUCAUUCAGACUCAAAUCCUAAUCAUCAGGAAAAAGACUCAUCUAGUAAUGAGAAACAAACUGUUAAUCUGCCAGUUUCUACUUGCAAAUCAAGGAAAGAUUCUACAGAACCAAAGACAUGUAUACAAAGUAUAGAAAAGAAAACAGACAGUUUAGUUCAGAAUGGGAAUGAACAUUCUGAUGACACUGUUUCAAAUAUAAGCUUGAUAGACCAAAAGAUGCCUGACAUAGAGCCAAAUUCUGAAAAUAAUUGUAGUAGUAGUGAUUUAGUCAAUGGACACAGUGAAAUAGAGCAAACGCCUUUAGUUUCAUCAGAUCCUGCUUUGAAAAGUGAUACAAGUAGAAUCAGGACAGAAAAUGGUUCCGUUUUACCCAAUGCUGUACCACAAGAACACAAUACCUUGCCAGUAUCUCAGGCACCUUCCAAACCAAAUCUGACAAGUGAACCUACUUCAUAUGGCUUAAUUUUAACAAAACCGUAUGUCAGACCAUUGCCUCCCAGUUACCUUGAUGAACGGUAUCUUAGUAUGCCAAAACGCAGAAAAUUUCUGACUGAUAUAGUAGAUGCCUGUUCUGAUCAAGAUAACAUUUACAAAAAACCAGUGAAAAGAUUAAGAUGUGGCAAAUGCCUGACCACCUACUGUAAUGCAGAAGCACUUGAGGCUCACCUUGCACAAAAGAAAUGUCAGACACUCUUUGGAUUUGAGUCAGAUGAUGAAAGUAAGUCUUCUAUCUUCUCACACAAUGUUAAAAAAAAUCAAGUUAUUUUAAUUUACGUAUUCAAAAAAUAUCAAACUACCGGCUCACCCAACUCAGACGAGGCCGCAGAGGAAAUUCAAGAGCUCCCGGGGGCCGGGCCGGCGGGCGGGGAGGAGCCGCCUCCAUUGGCCGGCCCCGCGGCAUCACGGGAGCUGGCAUUGAGCCCGGGACGCCUUCCGCUUUUCACGCACCUGCGCAACCUUCUAGGGAGCUCUUUUCGAGGAGGGACUUCUGAGCAGUUCACGGGUUCUCUUACUGUAACCAGCUCCCCUGUGGAAAGUCGAUGUUCUCCAAGUAAACACACCGCAUCUUACUAG